AUGGAGUUGAGAGACGUAUUUGCAAUGGUUCUCGUUUGUUAUGUUGUGAAGUGUACAGCGAUGUCUAUAAGUGAAUUAGAAGAUUUUGCCAACUUUUUGAAAAAGACUUCUCACUUGGAUGAAACUUUGAAAAAGGGUACAGAUGCUAACGAUUUUGACGAAGACGAAAGUGUAUCGGACCAUGCAUGGGAGGAGAGCGGAAAAUUCGAAGGUGAUCUAGUUCUCAAUGAAAGACAGAGGCGGAUGAUAGUAGAAGACAUAGCCGAAGGUUUAUCCAGGAACGGUUUAAGGGAUAGCACCAAGAAGUGGCCCGACAAUGAAGUCAUUUACUACAUACAAAAGGAACAUUUCACUGAAGAACAAGUGGAUGCGAUUCGAAGCGGUAUAGAGGACUUAGCUCGUGCAUCCUGCGUCAAAUUUAGACCUUACCAAAGAGCUGCUCGGCACAACUUUCGCAAGUACAACGCAUUCGCUGUGUCCGACUUCGGCGUGGGCUACGACUACGAUAGUGUUUUGCACUAUAGCCGACGUGCUUUCUCCUCCAACGGCCAGGACACUAUCGUACCAAAACAGAAUGGCGCUCAAAUCGGUCAAAGAGUUGGACUUUCGGAUAAAGAUGCACAAAAACUCAACAAAAUGUACUGCGAUGCGGACUCUAAUAGUGAAGGAGAGGAAACCACAACGAAAAAGGUUAUAGUAAAAAAGAAAACGCCUAAAAACAAACCAUUCGACGGCCAUGGUAUCGGAUACCAUCAAGGUAAAACAGUGGUUAUAAAAUUGCUCCCUGAGAAAAAGGCAGAAACAUAUCACAUAAUAGUUGAACCUCAAUAUAAUUUGUUUGAUCAUUUUAGUAAAACGCCGCAAGCCCUGCCAGCGACGAAAAGCGAAGGCUUUGGAAAAUCAUUAGGUGAUUUUAGUAAAUCGUACAAUGUAGAUGAUGUUUAUAACAGAGUCAAAUCAAAAGUACCGGAAUAUAGAAAUUUAGAAAGUAUAACAUCAAAUAUGAAUAACAAUAAAACCGUAGUUGAUACAAAUAAAAUAGUGGACAAUGUUAAAAAAGAUUCAUCAAAGACUUUAGAUGAAAAGUCGAAAGAGAAAAAUGCAGAAACAUUAUCUAUCAGCAACGAUGAAUUGAUUGAGGCUUUUAACCGGUUAUCCAAGAUAUUAAAAACUCACGUAUACCCAUCACAUACGCCAGACUUUGGAUCUUACACACUGAAUGCUGAUUAUAUGGAUUUUAGUAAUCGUGGUAAAGAUCCGAAAAAAAUUAAUAAUAAUAAUCCAUUGUUUUCUGAUAAGCUAUCAGAAGUUCUUAAAAAUUCAACCUCUGAAUAUAUUAAAAGUUUACAUAACGAUGGACCAGUUUCACUUAUAUCUGAGAAAAAACAGCAGAAUCCUGAUAGAAUAGUAGUUGACCCCGAAAAGUUUAAAAAUAUAGAGAUCGAACAGAAUAUUUCGAAAGAAGAAAAUAAACCAUCUACAACAAAGGAACAAAAUAAAGCUACUACUUCAGCGCCAUUUAAAAAUCAAUUACAUUUUUCUACUGAGUCACCCACACCUAUUCAUGUUACAUACGAGCACUUGAAAAAUAUACGCAAUUACAGUGAAAUUUACAAUCCAAGUGAUAAACAAGAAAAUAUUGUGGAUAAGAACCAUUAUAAGUCAUUUGUCGAUACGCCAUUUGCCUACGACGAUUGGUACAAAAAACAAGACCUCAAACAUUUAGUUGAUUAUGAUAAAGAUUUGUUCACAGACAAUAAAUACGGAAAGAAAAAUGAUUUUAAAUAUUUUGAUGAUAGUUUUGAAUAUGAACCACAAAGUUCUAAUGAAUAUUAUACAGAUUUAUAUUCACCGGAGCAGGAAGGGGCGUAUACGUCGUUUGAAUCAAGAAUUGUGCCACUAGACCAAGAUUGGCAUAAAUUUCAUCUUCAAAGUUCUCAAAACUAUCAACCACAUCAACGUUAUUAUUCUGUGGAGAAUAAAUCGGGCGAAUAA